CCCGCAGCUACAGGUUGAUUCAUUCAGUCCGUUAACGGGUCGUCAUGGGCCGCACGCGCGAGCCCGUUCCUCUGCCCUGAAGCGGACUAAUUCCGUCAGAGACCUUAGCUGUCCGUCAGGACUAGAGCUUUACGGGAUUUUUUUCCUCCAAUCUUCGUUGUUUUCUGCCGCGAGACUUGAGUUUUUAUGAGACCUUUCAGUCAGAAGUAACGGUCCGGGACCGUUGGCACCGGCUUCACGCGCCCCGUUCGCCCCCCGAUGAAGCUGAGCGCCGCACGCGGGAGGAAGCGCUUUAAGGGCAGCAGCUUGUCGGACGUUCGCUAGAGAGCGGCGGGAAUGCCCGCUGGAGGCGAGCCCGGCCGUGUCGGCGCUUCCGCGGUGUGACGACGGCAGACAUGAUCCCGGAGGAGAGAAACAAACAAACGCUCAACUUCCCGGUGGGUUUGCUGCUCCGCUCCCCGAAGAGGCGGCUGGCCAAGCUGGGGAGGAAGCCCAGCAAUGGAUCGGUGCAGUCCAACAAGUCCGACAACACGGUCCGCUCCACCGAGAGCACAGGUGUCCGGCAGCCGGCCAAAAGCAAAAUCCGGCGCCACAACAACAGGUUCUCCACAGUUUUCGGCCACAGUCCCGACCUGAGCCGGGCCCGCGGGGAGGCGAGGGGCAGCGGGAGUCUGACCCAAGACGACCCGGCAGAACUGUCGAGCCAGAGGUCCACGCCGGGGAUCCUGAAGAUCUUCGGCAGCGACAUCUGUCAGGGGACGCACUACAAGAGCGUGCUCGCCACCACGCAGUCCAACGCCAAGCAGCUGGUGAAGGAGGCUCUGGACAGGUACUGUCUGGAAAAAGAAGACCCCCACCACUACGUGCUGUGCGACGUGAUUGGUCAGACGGGGGCCGACGGCCAGUGGAAGAGAGAGUGCUUCAGGGUGGUGGGCGACUCAGAGAAGCCCCUCCUCCUGCAGUCGCUAUGGAAACCCAAAGAAGGUUUCUCCCGGAGGUUCGAGAUCCAGCUGAGGGCAAACGUGGAGGAGCAGAGUCUGCAGGAGCGGGACGCAGUGACAGCAGGUGUCAAUGCUCAGGCCCGAAGGCUGCAGAAGAACCGCAGCAGGGUCACCUCCCUGUUCGUGGACGGCAGCGGGGACGACGUGGACGGGCUCGGCUUCUGGAGGAGCCUGAGCGAGAUGGACCUGUCGGCCAUGACCAGGGAGGCCGGCCGGGCCCAGCAGAGCGCGCUCAGAGAGGAUCCGGAGGCCGAGGCCGACAAGGAGGUGCUGCGGCUCGGCGUGGAGAAGGAGGAGACAGAGAGCAGCGACGACAACACCACCCAGUACUCCAUCCACCCCCCCUUUGAAUUCCCUUACUUCCUGCUGCUGCAGGGCUACAGUCACAGACAGGACUUCAUCAUCUACCUGAUGAGCGGGACCUCCACCAUCUUUGGCUGCUGCAGGGAGCACUGCAACGGCGAAGACGAGGAGCAGCUGAAGGUGGACAUCCUGCUGUUCGCCCCCGACGUGCUGCCGCAGCACUGCUGCGUCCGGCGCCUGGACGCCCAGAGGAGGACCCUGACCAUGCUGAAGCCUCUGCACGGCGCUCCCGUCACCCGGAACGGCUCCCUCCUGAAGGAGGAGGUGGAGCUGAAUCCAGGGGACUUGGUGGGUCUGGGCAAACACUACUUAUUCAUUUUUAAGGACCCCACCAGCACCUCGGCCCCGCUCCACGCUCCUCCCUGGAUGGCCCGACUCUUCCCCGACUCCGACUUAAAGACUUUGUGCUUAUCGUGCGGAUCUUCUGUCGACGCAAAGACGCCCCAGAGGAAGCCAUCGCCCCUUCGCUGGAGAGACCUGGAGGGCAGAGAGGCCGCGCUGAGCUACCAGCUGGAGCACGAGGAGAGAGUCCUGCAGGAGAUCGUGGACAUGGUGGACCCCAGCGGGACGGAACCCAAGCUGACGCCUGCUUUCCUGCUCGGCCUCUGCCUCCAGCACUCAGCCUCCACCUUUCAGCUGACGCACUUCAGGCAGCUGCUGCUGCGCAUCGCCACUCAGAUCCAGCUGGUGGCGUGGGAGAAGACGAAGGAACUGGCAGCAGAGCAGACAGAGACGGCCUCGGAGGACGCGCCGCUCGGCGUGGAGCAGCUGAUCCCCGGUCUGCAGCCGCUGGCGCUCUGGAUGGCCAACUCCAUCGAGCUGCUGCACUUCAUCCAGCACGGCGUGCCGCAGCUGCUGCAGUGGAGGGCGGAGCAGCCGGCUGAAGACCUGCUGGACUCUGAGAUGUCCUCCACACGGGCGGCCUGCGAGGAGGCCAUGACGGUCCUGGAGGAGGUCAUCAUGUUUACCUUCCAGCAGUCGGUGUAUUAUCUAACAAAGAGCAUGUACUCAGCCCUGUUCGGCCUGCUGGACGGGAACCCCUUCUCGGACGGCGGUCAGCUGCGGGUGCCCGGCGGGCUCGGCAGCAUCCUGGAGGUGCUGAAGGAGGCGCUGCAGCUGCUCACGGCCUUCCAGGUGCACGCGGACAUCACCCUCCAGCUCUGCGCGUACCUCUUCUUCUUCAUCAACGCGUCGCUCUUCAACGCCCUCAUGGACAGAGGGUCGGUGGCCAGCUUCUACCAGUGGUCGCGCGGCGUUCAGAUCCGUGCCAACCUGGACCUGCUGAUGGACUGGAUCCAGAGCGUGGGUUUAGGCGACGUGGCCUCCGAGUUCCUCCAGAAGCUCUCUGCGGCGGUGAAUCUGCUGGCCACGCCCAAGGAGACGCUGCUGCAGGCCACCUGGACGUCUCUGCGGGCCGAGUUCGCUGCUCUGAACCCCGCUCAGCUUCACCACAUGCUGAGGGCCUACGGCGCCGGGAAGAGCGCCCCCAGCAGGUGGAGGCCGUCGCCUGAGGAGGAGGAGGACGCGGCCAGUACAGGAGACAUCCUGGAGAGCUUCGACUGCCACCCGCCGCUGGUCCUGCCCAGCAGCUGCUUCCACCUGGAGCUGGGGAAGCCCAUCCUGGAGCCGGCGCUCUUCCAGCAGCUGGCCCGCCUGCAGGAGUUUGCCCAGCGGCUCCGCGGCAGUAAAACCAGCGCUGAGGAAGUUCUGGAGGAGCAGGCUCCCAGCAGGACGGGCGCCGCCGUGAGCGCCGUCAGGAGCCCCGCACACCCGGCUCAGACCCGCGGGCCUCCCGGCGACCUGAGCGGCUGCGAGGCGGUCCUGACCCAGAAGCUGAAGAGCCUGGAGCUGCAGAACACGCUGCCCGAGCGGCCCGACCCGGGCCUCCACAAGAGCCUGGCGCUGGACCCGUCCUGCCUGCUCACCCCACCCAACACCCCCCAGGGGAUGGAGCUGGCCCAGCUGGAGGCGGACCUGCAGGAGGGGGCCCGGCAGCUGAGGACAGGGGCCCAGGACGACCAGGAGGAGGUCUUCAGCGUGGAGAUCCACCGGGGGCCCCACGGGCUGGGGCUGGCGCUCGUCGACGGAAUGAAAACGCCUCUGAGGAUGAGCGGCGUCUACGUGAAGUCCGUGGUUCCAGACUCUCCGGCCGCUCUGAGCCAGAAGCUGAGGACGGGCGACCACAUCCUGGCGGUGAACGGCAUCAGCCUGGUGGGGAUGGACUACAACAGCGGCAGAGAGCUCAUCCGCUCAGCCGGAGACCGUCUCAAGCUGCUCGUCGCCAAGAUGGACUCCAGGUCAAGCUGCAGGUCCUCCAACGCCACUCCAUGCUGAAGGAGGAGGAGCGAGGAGGAGGAGCGAGGAGGAGCAGGAGACGCUCCGAGUCCAGACUGAACAUUUCACACAGACGUGAAAACCAAAGAAAGCUGCAGGACUGAAGCACUACACUUCUCUGAUCACACCUCCCCAGCACUGAGCGGAGGAGGCCCCCCCAAACCUGAGGAGCUGGAAACAAACUGUGGAACGUUUUUCAGUCCCACACUUUCCUCUUUGUGAUAUUUAUGACGCAGUGUUUUGUAACAUAAAGAAUAAAUACGACGUUCAAAGGCGUCUCCUCUCUGACGCUGUGGGAGGAGCUUCAGGCCGAAUCCCCGGCUGCUCUGCGGUUCCCAUGAGCCAGGCACUUUCCACUGACGCAUGCUCGCCCCCCCCCCCCCCCCAGAGGCCCCGGCUGAUAACCUGCUUCAUGACAGUGAAGGUUUGCAGUCGGGCUGCCAUCCCCCGGUGUGCGGCGCCCCCUGACCUCGAUCCUGCCGUCAGACUUUUGGUUCCGCCUGCAGGUCAGAGCCAGAGCGGCCCGGCCCGGCUCGGUGGGUUCUGGAUCGCUGCUUCCAGACCCAACGGUCCACUUUCUGGUUUGAGGAGCCGCUGCGGCGUCUGAAAGCAGAGAAUCACUAACCUGGUAGUUGACCUUCGUCCUGGAGGUUUGACUUUAUCAGGCAAUUCAGAGGGUCAAAAACGACCCGGGUCAAUAAAAGCUGUUAGUAUUUGUAGAGAAAUAAAACUGGAUUUAAAACAUUUC